CCGCGCCCCCCGCGCCCGCGGCCCGCGCCCCGCGCCCUGCGGCCCAGCCGCGGGGACCAUGCUGCCCAGCUCCAUCCAGAUCUCCGGGGAGCCGCUGUCAGGCGCCGAGGUGCGGGACAUCUGCCGCGGCCUGCGCGACAACGCCGUGCGCCUGCUCUCCCUGCGCGGCUGUCGGCUCUGCGACCGCGACUUCGGCCGCAUCUGCCGGGCCCUGGCCGGGGCCACGUCCCUGGCGCAGCUCAACCUGAACCUGGGCGUCGUGUCCAGCCCCAACCGCAUCAAGCUGCUGGCCGAGGCGCUGCGGACCAACCGCUCCAUCCAGUCCCUCUUCCUACAUGGGAGCCCCCUGACCGACGCGGGACUGGCCUUGCUGAACCCGGCGCUCGCCCUUCACCCUGCCCUGGUGGCCCUGGACCUGGGGGACUGCAUGCUGGGUGAUGAAGCCAUCAACCUCAUCUGUGGCCUCCUCCCCCCCGACGGGGCCAAGUCUGGCCUGAAGGAGCUCACGCUGAGUGCCAACCCUGGCAUCACCCCCAAGGGCUGGAGCCGCCUGGCCAUCGCCGUGGCCCACAGCUCCCAGGUCCGCGUCCUCAAUCUGGAUUACAACCCCCUGGGUGACCACGUGGCAGGGAUGCUGGCCGUCGCGGUGGCCUCCAGCCGCACGUUAGAAGUCCUUGACUUGGAGGGCACAGGGCUCACCAACCAGUCCGCUCAGACCCUGCUGGACAUGGUGGAGAACUACCCCACGGCGCUUCGGAGCCUGGUGUUGGCCGAGAACAGCAUCAGCCCCGAGCUGCAGCAGCAGAUCUGUGACCUCCUCUCGGAGGGGGAGGAGGAUGAGGAGGCGGCGGGGGGCGCGACUGAGCCCCAGGAGCGUGAGAGAGGGCAGGAGCCGGCCGCCCACCAGAGGGGCAACAGCUCCUGGAUGUGCCCCAAUGAUACCAGCUCUCAGAUGGUGCUAAUGACAUCAGGACUUGGGGACAGUCUGCUGGCGGAGACUGAAAUGUGACUCUCCACUCCUGGGCGUCACUACAAUUGUCCAUCCGUGUCCCCAGGACUUUGCCUCAAAUAUCAGGGUUGGGCCCUGGGGAUUUGAGGGUGGGGGUGGGGGCUUGG